CAAUCUUUCUCGGCUCUUUGCUUCAACCUCUCCAUCACUCAAGGGGUGACGGCGCGCAUCAAAAAAAUCACCAAUCUACCUUUGCGAUCCAUCGAGGCCAUCGUGAAAUCGCCGACAAAACACGGGACGCGCUGUUCCCACCAACGACCACACGACAUCCACACCGUCCCCCGCAACUUUUCGCGUCUUUCUCUUUUUUCACCACGCCCCGACCAGCCGCGGCCACUUCUUGUCGCUUUUAACACAUCCAUCCACCCACCCACCAAACCCUCGUUGCACCACCACCGACGCGACAACCACCGCGCUUCCACAUCGACACAGUCGCUGUCCACAUAUAACACACCCACUCCCCACCCCCGGAUCAGUUUGUCAUCGGUUCCCGUCGUCAACCCGGUCGCCCUCUCUGACGCGCCCGGCACUGGACCCGGCUUUACUUCGUGUCCAAUACAGAGACGGAGCCCGCUGCCACUCGUUUGCCUGCUCUGUUCGCGACCACCACCACCACCACCAUUGACAUCCCACCACGGGGCUCCACUUCCGCGACCGCGACCCAGAUAUGCUCGCACAGUAAAGGAGCAACAUAAUUGAAUUGACUUUUGGUUGCCCCUCCCGACCUCACUGCCGACAUAUCAUGGCUAGUGUUCAGAUGUCGCCCGCGGUCCAGCACCCUGGGUCUGCCGGCCCUUCGGGGAUGAGCGCCCAGCAAAUGCAGGAGCUUUACCAUAAAUAUCAACAGAUGAAGCAACAGGGUGUUCCUCCCAAUGACCCCGAGUUUAUCAAGACAUCGCAAAUGGUUGCCCAGGCGCAACGACAGUGGGAAAUCAUGAAGCAACAAGCACAAAUGCAACAUCAACGGCAGGCAAUGCACCAGCAACAGAGACAACAGCAAAUGCAGAUGCAACAAAUGCAGAUGCAACAGCAGCAAAUGGCCAACGGCGCCACCGGUGUGAUGCCGGGACAGCCCAACCGUAUGCCUCAACCCGGCGCCCCUCAAGCCACCGCGCCUCCAUCAUCAACUGCCCUGGAAGCCUCUGCUCUACCGGCGGGUGCCAAUCCUAUGGCGGCCAACCCUGUUGGGCCUCCCCAACCGCCAAAACAGAACAAGAUGUCUCUUUCACAGGACCAACUAGCCCUGCUCCGGGACCAAAUUUUGGCCUUCAAGAUGCUAUCCAAGAACGCUGGCAUUCCCGCAAACCUUCAAAAGACAGUGUUCGAGCGCCGGCAAAGACGCCAGCCUUCGACCACUGAACAGGAGAUGCAAAUAUCCGCCGCCAACGCCGCCGCCGGUGUAUCUUCACAGGACACCCCCAAGUCUGGUCCCAACGGCGCAGCCCCAGCCCAAGAGAGCACUCCCUCAGUGCCUAAUCCUAAGGUGUACAAGACAUUCAAGAGUCCUUAUGAUGGGAGCCUCGUGCGCAACACCAUCUCUUACAUGGAUCACUCUCGUCGGAAGAAUCGUCUCAUAAUACCAGGCGUUUUCCCGGCAGGCAUCGAUUUCGAGCAGCUGAGGACAGACCGUGAGAAGAUUGUGUUCAACCGGAUGAGUGCCAGAUAUGCCGAGCUCAAAAGCCUGCCCGGCAAUUUAGCUCACUGGGACGCAGCGAAGGACAGCCUGGAGGCGGACGACACCCUCAAGCGGAAAGCCAUCAUUGAGAUGAAGUCAUUAGCGCUGUACAGCAAGCAGCGCGCCCUGAGGGAGAAGAUUGGCAAGCAAAUGCUGCACUACGACAAUCUCGCCAUGACGACCAACAGAGCGUCGUACCGCAGGAUGAAGAAGCAAAAUGUUCGCGAGGCCCGCAUCACCGAGAAGCUCGAGAAGCAGCAGCGCGAUGCUCGCAUCAACAAGGAGAAGAAGAAGCAAUCCGAGUACUUCCAGGCCGUCUUCACCCACCGCAAUGAAAUCCUCGGCAAUGCCCAGACCCAGCGUAACCACUCGACCAAACUCAACCGCCUCAUGUUCGCUCAUCAUUUCAACAUUGAGAAGGAAGAGCAGAAGCGCAUGGAGAGGACCGCCAAGCAACGUCUGCAGGCUUUGAAGGCCAACGAUGAAGAGGCGUAUCUCAAGCUGCUUGAUCAGGCCAAGGAUACCCGCAUCACUCACUUGCUUCGCCAGACCGAUGGCUUCUUGCAUCAGCUCGCCUCGUCCGUCCGUGCGCAGCAACGACAGGCUGCCCAGAACUACGGCAAUGAAGAAAUCCCCGAGGAGAGCGAGCCAGAGGAGGAGGAUGAAGAAAGCUCGCGCAAGAUUGAUUACUAUGCCGUUGCCCAUCGCGUCAAGGAGGAGGUCACAGCCCAGGCUGACAUUCUUGUUGGUGGCAAGUUGAAGGAGUACCAGAUCAAGGGCUUGCAGUGGAUGUUGUCGCUCUACAACAACAACCUCAACGGCAUUCUUGCAGACGAAAUGGGUCUCGGAAAGACCAUCCAGACCAUCAGUUUGGUUACUUACCUGAUCGAGAAGAAGCACCAGAAUGGCCCGUACCUGGUCAUUGUCCCUCUGAGUACACUUACCAACUGGAACUUGGAGUUCGACAAGUGGGCGCCCUCUGUCUCCAAGAUUGUUUACAAGGGUCCCCCAAAUACCAGAAAGCUGCAGCAGGAGAAGAUUCGCCGCGGCGAGUUUCAGGUGUUGCUCACAACUUACGAGUACAUCAUCAAGGACAGACCGUUGCUCAGCAAGAUCAAGUGGUUCCACAUGAUUAUCGAUGAAGGUCACCGCAUGAAGAACUCGAAUUCCAAGCUCAGCGCCACCAUCCAGCAGUACUACAGCACUCGUUUCCGUCUCAUUUUGACCGGCACCCCUCUGCAGAACAACCUGGCCGAGUUGUGGGCCAUGCUCAACUUCGUCCUUCCCAACAUCUUCAAGUCAGCCAAGACCUUUGACGACUGGUUCAACACACCCUUUGCGAACACUGGUGGUCAGGACAAGAUGGAACUCACGGAAGAAGAACAGAUUCUCGUCAUUCGUCGUCUGCACAAGGUUCUGCGUCCCUUCUUGCUGCGUCGUCUCAAGAAGGAUGUCGAAAAGGAUCUCCCAGACAAGACGGAGAAGGUCAUCAAGUGCAAGUUCUCCGCCCUGCAGGCUCGUCUCUACAAGCAGAUGGUUACCCAUCAGAAGAUUCUCGUCAGCGACGGCAAGGGUGGCAAGACUGGUGCUCGCGGUCUCAGCAACAUGAUUAUGCAGCUGCGCAAGCUGUGCAAUCAUCCCUUUGUGUUCGAUGAAGUUGAGAACCAGAUGAACCCCAUGAGUGUCAGCAACGAUUUGCUGUGGAGAACGGCCGGCAAAUUUGAGCUUCUCGACAGGAUUCUGCCUAAGUACAAGGCCACUGGGCAUCGUGUUCUGAUGUUCUUCCAAAUGACCGCCAUCAUGGAUAUCAUGGAGGAUUUCCUGCGUUUCCGAGGGAUUCAGUACCUGCGCCUCGAUGGUACAACCAAAUCAGAAGACCGUUCUGAUCUGCUCCGCGACUUCAACCGACCCGACUCGCCCUAUUUCAUGUUCUUGCUCUCCACCCGUGCUGGUGGUUUGGGUCUGAACCUGCAGACCGCCGAUACUGUCAUCAUUUACGACUCUGAUUGGAAUCCUCACCAGGAUUUGCAAGCUCAGGAUCGUGCCCAUCGUAUCGGUCAGAAGAACGAGGUCAGGAUUCUUCGCUUGAUCAGCAGCGCCUCGGUCGAAGAGAAGAUUUUGGAGCGUGCCAGAUUCAAGCUUGACAUGGACGGCAAGGUCAUUCAGGCCGGUCGUUUCGACAACAAGUCUUCCGAGACGGAUCGCGAUGCCAUGCUGCGGACUUUGCUAGAGACGGCGGAUAUGGCUGAGGGCGGUGAGCAAGAAGAGAUGGACGAUGAGGAGCUCAACAUGAUCUUGGCCAGAAAUGACGACGAGCUGAGCAUCUUCCACAAGAUGGAUGAGGAGAGGUCUCGGGAUCCCAUCUAUGGUACGAAACCAGGUUGCAAGGGCGUACCGCGUCUCAUGGCCGAGAACGAGCUUCCGGAAAUCUACCUUACUGAGGGUAACCCGGUUGAGGAAGAGGAGGCUGUUGUUUUGGGUCGUGGUGCCCGUGAGCGCACCAAAGUUAAGUACGAUGAUGGGCUCACGGAGGAGCAAUGGCUCAUGGCUGUUGACGACGACGAUGAUUCACCCGAGGCGGCUGCUGCCCGCAAGGCCGCUCGCAAAGAGAGGCGGGAGAACAAGAGGAAGAGCCUGCUUGGCGGGUCAAUCGAGAACUCCCCAUCAGCCAGUCGCGCUAGCACCGAGGAAGUUGAGACGCCAGUCAAGAAGCGGGGCCGCAAGCCGGGCAGCAAAAACCAGGAGAAGCGCAAGGCGGAAGAGGGCGACGAGGAGCCGCCAGCCAAGAAGAGACGUGGACCACAGGGACGUACCAAGUCGCUUGGUGCCAACGGCUUAUCGGGCGGCGGCAUGUCUUCCGCCGUGAGGGAGAAGCUGCAGAAGAGCCUCAAGCGGGUCUACGACGGGCUUAUGGACCUCGCCGUGGACGACGAUGAGCCGGUGCCAGAGGACGAAAAGGACGACGACGAUGGUCCGGCUAAGAGGCUGAUCAUCGGGCCGUUUGUCAAGCUGCCUCCGAAGAGGGACUGGGCGGAUUACUAUCUGAUCAUCCAGAACCCGAUCUGCAUGAAGGACAUUGAGAAGAAGAUGAAGAAGGAGGAGUACGGCAGCCUGGGGGCCAUGAGGAGGGACCUGGAUCUUUUGAUCAAGAACUGCAGGACUUUCAACGAGGAGACGAGUGGGAUUUGCAUGGACGCUAGGAUUAUAGAGCAAUUCUUCAUCUCGGAAUUCGAAAAGGAGCUCCAAGACCCUGACCUGCGCGCGUUGGACGAGCCGGCGAGCUCGUCGGCUGCUGGGUCUACCAAGGACACGUCUGUUGCGCCGUCGCUGACGGGUGACACGCCUCAGCCUUCCUCGGCUGCCCCUCCAGCCGGACCGACGCGAAUCAAGUUGGUGUCCAACAGCGGGUCAAACGGGCAAUUGAAUGGCGGGGUGGGAAGUAGCAGGGCGCAGACGGAGGAGGAUUAG